UUUGUCUUCAUCUAACACUCGAUCUAGCCAUAGAGAUAAUUAGCAUAUACAAUGGCUUCCAGAGUGAUAACACGCAGGCUUUCCUCCAAACUUUUAAACUCCUCUUAUGCUUCCACCAGUUCCUCUCAAUUUGUCCCCCAAAACACCAACUUUGAAUCCCUUGCUCGUUCCUCCAAUGCCAUCUUCAUUCGACAAACAGAAUCUGUAAACCCCAAUUUUUAUUUCUCCAGUUUCACUUCAAACUGUCAUAAUCACGUCUCUAUUUUUGAAUCCCAAGCUCUAAUACAGCGAAAGCCGGCAAAUUUCAAUCACAAUUUCCUUCAAUCGUAUAUAAAUUUUGCUACAAAAUCCAACAACCACGACUUUAUUAGGUCAACUGUAGAGAAGCCCAGAUUUUUUUCGUCAUCAACAUUUGAUGGAGAGAAAUCGCAAAUCCCUGAUUUGAAGCUAAAGGAGACAGCUUUAACAAGUGCUCUUUUAAAGAAUCAAAAACCCAGAAAAUUUUCAAGUUCGGAAUCAUCUUCUGAUACUGGAAAACCCCAAAAUCCAAGUGAGUAUCCAAGCAAGAUUCCGAAUUUCAAGCACCAAGAGAUAGAGGGACCAACUGUAGAGAGAGACCUAUCUGCUUUGGCCAAUGAGACUAGAGAGGUACUGGAAAAGAUGAUGAAGAACAUAUAUGGUCUCAGCAAAGUUAUAGCUCUAAUGGCAAUUAUUCAACUUGGACUUGGAGCUUGGAUUUCGCAUAUUACUAAAGCAAGUCCAAUAACAGAGGUAUCAAUUCAAAAUGUUUUGGCUUUUGGGUUUACUUUUACACUUGCUUUUUUGUUGAGGCAAUGUCUGAAACCAAUGUACUUCUUUAAGAAGAUGGAGGAGCAAGGCAGGUUACAGAUUCUCACUCUGACCCUACAAGUUGCUAAAAAUUUGAAUGUCUUCUUUGUGAGGGUUCGUAAUGUCUCUGUCUUGUGUAUUGUAGGUAUGUCAGUAGGAUUAUUGUUCAAUUUGCUAUCAAGAUGAUAGUGUUAGCGUUAAUACGAUUACAAUAACAUGCCUAUUUUUGUUGAAAUUGAGAAAUGUAUGAGUCAGAAUUGGGUCUGAGAUCAGAAUGAACAAUGCCAAUUCGAGGGACCAGAAAUUAGUAAUAAUAAUCCAAUUGCUAUUGAGCCCUGAAA